AUGGAGAAUCCGUUUGACUUCGACUUUACCACCGGUUAUCCUGAGCAGUCACCAAUGGUUCCAUCAUGGCAACCGACCGGUUUCCAAGAGGAAUUCACGUCACAGUCUCACUACGUGGCUCCUGUAAGCUGGGCAUCCUCAAUUGGACCGGAGCAAUUAGCACAGUCCAUUUCUUCUUCAUCGGCGGUAGAUGCUCCGUCGUCACUGAUGGUGAAGGUUCAGAGAGUGGAAGCCCGAUUGGACGAGGACGAGCAGGAUUCUAAAAAACUUCGCGCUAAAAUCUUUUGCCAUCCUUUGUAUCCUAAACUUCUGGAUGCUUACAUCGAUUGCCAAAAGGUUGGAGCACCGCCGGAGAUGGCAAAACUGUUCGACGAAAUCGGACUAGAGAAUGGCGAUCUAUGUCAGAGAUCUACUUACUUGGGUGCCGACCCCGAGCUGGAUGAAUUCAUGGAAACGUAUUGCGAUUUAUUGGUGAAGCACAAAUCGGAUCUCUCGAAGCCUUUUGAUGAAGCAACCGCGUUUCUUAACGACAUGGAAAUGCAGCUUAACUCUCUCUGCAACGGCCCUCCCCGGAACUGCAAUUCUGAUGAAGGUACUGGAUCAUCCGAUGAUGACACCAGUAGGGAAGAGAAAGAAGAAAACGAGUCUAAGAGGAUCAUUGAAGAUCGAGAGUUGAAGGAUAAACUCCUUCGUAGAUAUAGCGGAUAUAUUAUUGGUCUCAAGCAUGAAUUUUCCAAAAAGAAGAAGAAAGAGAAGCUACCCAAAGAAGCGAGGCAAAUAUUGCUUGCAUGGUGGAAUAUUCACUUCAAAUGGCCAUACCCGACGGAAGCGGAUAAGGUUGCAUUAGCUGAAUGGACGGGUCUGGAUCAAAAGCAGAUAAACAAUUGGUUUAUAAACCAGAGGAAGCGCCACUGGAAGCCAGCGGAGGAAAUGCAAGCAGCAGUUUUGGAUGGCCUAUAUGGACCUUUUUCCACGAGUGAUUGAGGUCGUAUCUUGUAUAUAUGGUCUGUGUUGUAACUGAUCGACCUGAUGAAUUUCCUGUCCAUUACUUCUCUUGUAGCUGUGCGUAUAUUAUAGCUCCCGCUGCUAGCUUGCAUGGUAAUAAUUGCUAUUGACGUUAGAUUGACUUUGAAUGGCUUGUAUGAUUAUAUUCCUGCAUCAGGCACUGCAAAUAGCAAUUGCUGCUAUUAAUCAGAAUGGAUUUCA